UUCGCUAGCCGGGUGUAGCCUUUACCGUCUCUCGUCGUCCCACCGUGCGUCUCUCUCUCGUCCGUGCGUUAUAUUUGCUAAAUAACAAGCAUAUGCAGUUGCAAAAUCCAGAACGAAACUCGUCGAUCACCGCCCGUAUCUUAGUACCUCGACUUGCUCGUCGAUACUGCGCUCAAAUUUUACGCCCGAUCGGCUGAAAACGAACGGUUGGCAUAGAAAACAAUUUGUUUAUACGUUAUUCGCUGUGCAAAGUUUGUAAAUCUCAGGUUGUAUGGCUGUGUAUACUUAUUGCUUCAAGCAUACGUACAACGCCGUGAGCAGUGUAAAAAGUUUUACUCGUUAAAAGCAACCUCGGAAUUAGUUCAAAUGUGUUGAGCCCAAAAAAAGCUCUCGUUUUCUAUUUUGAUCCGAAAGACCAGGGCACAAUCAGUGACUAGCUGCUAAUACUGUCAGUAGCUCUUGAAGAAAAGUGUGCUUCGUUACGAGCUCAACGAUAACUGACGGAUGCACCAGUGUUGCUGAAAUAAAGAAAAAAAGUUAAGAAAGUGGAGAAAGUAAAGAAAAAGGGGCAAAAGUGACGAGUGCUGUUUCGCGAAGACGCAGGCAGAACAAAAUCUUGCUCGUUCCAUAUGAAUAGGCUAGCAGUAAUCGACUAUGCUAAAAUUCGACGAGCCGAGUAAGCAAUCGCCGAAAAACAAGAGCAUCGUCAGGCGCGACACGAGUAGCCCGAAACGCUCGUGACGGCUGGCCAACGCUCUGCCACUGUCGAUGAUGACGACGACAACAACGACCGUUUCAAAAACAAUAACAACAACGAACAAAAGCAUGACUUCGAGGACCAGUGGCGCUUUCACCUCGUCUAACUGCCUGUAUCACGAAUGACAACGUUGCUUAUAAUCAGCCAGAGGGCUCGGCAUUUCAGGAUGACGCGCCGCGAGAAUCGCGAGUGUGAUUAGUAUAUACAUUUGCAGCCGCGCGACCUUCUUGACAAUAAACAUCUUUUUGUGCUCGUGUGUGAUAAUUUGGCCCUUUCAAACAUGGAGAAGGGCUGAAGAUUCGAAUCAUCCAUAGUGCUAUUACUUUUACAUACAUAUUAGAGCAGUUUUGUGCAUCGCAAGCUUCGCUUGCCAGUCAGCGAUUGUGUCUGUGUGUAGCGAGGUGAUAAGUUUGUGUUUUUUUUAACGUCGAGUGGUUGAUAAAAAUUUGUUAUUGAUGAGUGAGGCCCCGAUUAUGGCAAAAACCUAUCAGUACCGCGAGGAGCUCGUGGGAAAAAGGUUUCUGUCAGUAAACAAUCCGGAUGACGACAAGCCAAAGUUGAAGGUCAGCGAGAUCGAGAAGUGGGACUGGCGAGCCGGCGUCAUCAGAGCAACGACCCAUCGUGAAAACAACAACGAGGAGCUCCAAGUUCUAGUCGAAUACGAUGGCAUAGAAUGGAGGAAGCGAGAAUGGCUUCAGGUUCACCGAGAGAAGGAUUUCGCCUACUUCUUCGUGGAGAAGGGCCUGUACUGGUCGGAGAGCGAAGGUACCAAGGAAUCGAGAUCGAGCCCGAGGCAUCUCGUCGAGAUCGACCGGCAGUGCUCGCCGGACAAUUAUCACAACGCAAACGGACUGAGGCUCAACGGCAAAUCCGUUCGCGCCGCUCAUAAACCGACGAAAAUCAUACCCUGGCCUGUGAUCACUUACUAUUCUUUGGUCCAACUAGAGGAAUUGCCUGUCGAUAAGAGACCCAUCGAAUUUAUACAGACGAGGCGCUUGGCCUUUCUCAACUCCGACAAACUUCCCCUAGUCGACGAAUGUUGGGAGAUGACGAAAGGAGUUUCCCACUGGGGCAAAGCAGUCAGGAGAUGGGUCGAAUUACAGGACACUCAGAGUAUUCUCAUUGACACCCCUAGCUUGCUGGCUGGCUUUCGCGUUCGUGUUUAUCGAGACGGCACGACUCAAUGGUUCACUGCUGUUGUCCUCGGAGCACACACCAACGGGCAGGAUGUGUCUAUGAUUGAUGAUACGGUUCUCGAAGACCAUUCGCAAGAUCCGCAUCUAGUACAGAUCAAGGUCAUAGGUGAAGGAGUCGUAGAAAGUGUACUACGUGGAGAAGCCGGAAAGCGAGCGGUCAGAAGGCAUCGUUCCUUGAUGAACAACAAGAAAGCGAAGGUAUCGCCUAAAACAGGAAGACGCAGAUUCAGCAGCGACGAGUCUAUCGAAGAUCUAAAUACGCUAAAAAGCGAACCAAAAAAAGCGAAAAACUCGAGGACUCGCGCAGCAGGUAUCCGGACGAAAGCUCGCAAGCGUCUACUAGUCGGAGGAGGAGCGAAAAAAGCCUCCAGCAAGAGUACGAAAAAAGAGACGUCCAAGGAGUCGCGACUGGAGGACCGCGAGAACAGGCCGUCGUCGACGACGCGCAGACUCGCCAAACCCGUCGCCGUACUCGAGGAAACCAACUCGCCGCCAGCGCCAGAGUCCGCAGAGAAGGAGGACUCGCCAGCACCCGUCGACAAGUCCCGUCCACGCAGGCUCAAAGCCAGCAGUCCAGCGGCGCUCGACAGCACCGAGGAGCAGAGUCAGCGACCUGGCCGACGGAAAAGCCGAAACGGCCUCGCGCCCAGGCUCGCGGCCAAGAAGUGCCGAGCCGAUAUCAAGGCCGAAGUCAAGGCAGAAGAAGAUGAGGAAGCCGAGCAAGAGCUCGAGGAUUUAUUCUUCAAAGGGACCAAAGUGAAGGAGAGCAGCGAGAGGGUCAAAAGUUUGGCCGCCGCCAAGAGAGCCGCAAGCAGAGUCGCCCCCAAGCCCGAGUCCGAAGUCAAGCAGCAGCCCUCGGAGGAUCUCGACUUGUCGAAGCUCUCGCUCAAGAGCAAGGCACCACGAAACUCGCUGAAAUUAGCCGAGAUCGUGGUGAAGCAAGAGAAAGAAGAGGUCGACUCGUCGAGCGAUGAGCCCAGCCAGUUGUCUCCGGACCUCGAGGCUGCCAAGAGAACGACGAGCACUAGCUCGACCAGUGACCUGCAAAGUACAAAAGCAACAGCAACAGCAGCAGUCACAGCUGCUGACAGGAAAAGCGGCGGAAAGCCGAUUCUGCUAAAACGCGAAAUAAAAGACGAGCUCGGAGCUGAGUCGAGCACAGCCAGCAGCCUCAGCAGCCGAGUCUCGGACAACAAGUCCGCUGGUCCGUCCAUAAUCGAAGAGAGUCCGAUCGAGAGCGAGGCGGCCGCAGCUCCGGCAGCGGCUACGUCGCCGUUCAAAAGCUCAAAAGCCUCGGGAGGCAGCAUCAGGCCGCUGAAAAAGGAGCUGCUGACAGCUGCGAGCUCGGCUGACAGCGGCGCUACGAGUUCCGGCGUGCUGGAUAAUAGGCUGUCGCCGUCGGGCAGUCGCAGCCUGCUCCUCGAGCAACAGCAUCAGGAGCAGGAGCGCGCCCGGCAAACCGAGAGCCCGGUCAUCCUGGUCGAGCGUCUGGCUAAAAAGUCGUCGGCUCAGCAGCAGCCGCAUCAGCAUCAGCAUCAGCGAGAGCAACAGCAAGCAGCACAGCCCCAUUUGCUGAGGCAUCACCUGCCGGCGGCGCACCCCGCCUCGUCGCAUCAUCUGGCCCACCUCGCGCCCUAUCCGCAUCCGUCGUUGCACUACGCCCACUUCCCGGUCGAUCCGCACCAGCACGGGCCCGGAGCAGCGGCGGCUCAUCUACUGACCCAGAGCCUGCUGCUGGACUGCGCGGCUCGAGAGCAGCGCAGCAGCGAUGAGGCCGGCGGGGUUCAAGACGUCCAGGAAAUCGGAGCGUCGAGCGUGCCCCUGGCGCGUUACCUCGACAGUGGCAGCGACAGCGGCGUGAGCUCGGUGAGGGGUACCGGCUCGGGCGACGAGCGCAGCGGAAGUCGUAGCUCGGCCGUCAGCGCCGAGGACGCCAGCAGCAGUAGCACACCCAACAACGCCAGCGGUAAUUACCAGUCGUCGAGCGCGAGCACGACCGCGACGACCAGCGCGACUACGGUCGCCGCCAACAGCACUAGUAGUAGUAAUAGUAGCAGCAGCAACAGCAGCAGCGGAGCAGCGACAGCCGUAACGGCUGCACCAGCCCGUAUCUGGCACGUCCAGAGCGUGCAGCACACGUCGCUGCUGAUGGCUCAUCCGCAGGCCUCGCAGGCCCAAGGCCACUUGCAGCCGGUGGUGCCGGCCGUGGGCUACACGGGCGCCGGGGGCCCGGUGCCGCCGAUGCCGGCGGUGCCACCCCCGCCCCAUCAUCACCCCGCCCUGGCUCAGGAGAUGAUCUGGCGCGCCCCGUCGAGGUACCACGUCCCCAUGGGCCCGCACGCCCUCGCCGCCCAGGCCAGUCUCGGCGAGACGAUACUCGAGAGGGAGCGAUUAAUAAGGGAACGAAGAGAGGUUGAGGUUCGUGACAUGGAAUCACGUGAGGCUAAGUUGGAACGAUUAGAAAAGCAGAUAGCAGCGGAGCAAGCCGUUCAUAAACACUUUGAGGAGUCGUUCAGGGUAGCGAAGUUGGUGCCUCACUCUAUUUUACAGCAAAGAGGAAUGCAGGCCGCUGCUGCGAUGCCAGUGUGGAACAGUUACAUGCCAUUGCCACCGCCCCACAGCGCAGCGUCAGCCGCGUCAAGGCUGCAUCACCAUGCAUCGGCGGCCGCUGCAGCGUCCACGGGGCCAGGUGGAACGACGAGUAGUAGUGCUUCGCAACGAGCAGUCGAGGAACAGCAAGCAGAGCAGCGGGCUCAUCAGCUGGCUGCACAUGCGGUCGCCGAAAGAUCUCAGCAAGAAGCUAACGAAUACGCUGCGCAACAAAAUUUAGCGUAUCUCAGAGCAGCAACCGCCGUCCCGCAAUCGGCUCAACAGGUGUCUAGGCCGUCGAGUGUGCCAAGUAAAAUGGAUUACCCGCCUCCACCUGCAGCUCAUACUCGUAGUUCCAAGUCCACAUCUGCAUCGUCGUCGUCCUCGUCAUCGUCGUCGUCGUCGAGUCGACACGAUAAGCAGCAACAGAGUCAGGGUAUGGUGUCGUCACAGCAACAGCAUCAGCCAUUGCCCAAGGCUGAGCCCAACGUUAGUUUAUUUGGCUAUUCGGGUUAUCAGCCGAGUGGUGGUUUCAUUCACGAUUUGAAAACUGUCAAAAAUCCUUCAUCCUCGUCUACUUCAUCGACUUCGUCGUCGGUAACAGUUGCAUCUCAGCAAAAUAAAACACAACAAGACCGAGAUCAUCAUCGAGUUGAUAUACUGCCUAACCCGCCUCCUUUACUCUCUGAUCACAAGAGUUCAGUUAUUGUGAAAAAUGAAGGAAGUAGCAGUCGUGAGCAGCUUCAGCACCAUAAACACAGUCCAGCAGCACCGGCACAUUCGCCAAGCCCUAAGAUGAUGCCCUAUCUUAACGUACAAUCUGUAACGCACAAAUCUCCAUACGAAUGUCGUUCACCGACGCAGAGUCCACAUGCAGCCGUUUCUGCACAUCAUCCUACACAUUUGCAUCCGUUGCCGAACGACCAACCUAAGCCUGUGCUUAGUAGGCCAACGAGUGCCCAUCAGCAAAUGAACCGACAUUCGCCCCUGCAAGCUCCGUCACCGCAACAGCAGCAAUCCGCACCCGAACCUAGAUAUCUAAGCAGGCCUGAACCGCAGUUAGCUUAUCAACCUCACCAAGCGAAAAAUCCUUACACGGCGUUUCAUCAUCCACAACAUCAAACGAGUUCGUCACCAAAUUCUCAUUAUGCAUCGCCAAACGUUGGUUCUAAACCUAAGGUUAGCAGUCCUGCGCCAUCACAUAUCUACGGUAAACCCACGUCAGGGAUCAUUACCGGAACGCCCGCUCGUAGCGCAAGCGAAUCUCCGCACUCAACUGCAUCUGCGUCUUCUUCAGCAUCAUCUCCCUUGUCUCUUACUUCCAAAGCAAGCGUCAUUCCUUCAGUAUCCUCUGUGUCAGCAACAUCGUAUCAGCCCCCGCUCUUACACCAUCACUCACCGUUUGCCCCGUUGCCUCCACCAGCUCACUCGAGUCGUAGUUCAUAUGAUUCAAGAUACAGCUCUACUGCAAAACUGCCUCCGCCUCCACCUCCGCCAUCGAUUCACGCCACAAGCCACGGAAAUAAAUUACUUUCGCCUAUGCAUUUGAUUCCUCGUCAUAAUAGCAGCAUCAUCAACAUGAACCCAACAGGGUCUCAGCAGUUACAAACAGCAGCGUUACAAAAUAACAAUUUCCAAACACAACCAUUGGAUCUCGGCGUAGAGAGAUCCAAUUCGCCUAAACGCAAAAACUCUACAGUUAAAAAUGAUGACGAAAGUCAAACGCCUUUGACUUUCAAUCAAUCUACUCCUCUUGAAAUCACAAAGAAACGGCGGCUGAUGGAAGAAAUUGAUGAUACGUCAAGCGUACAAAUGAACGUAUCUUCGCCAAUUCUGUCUCGUGUUGGCGAACCCACACCUUUAAUCGCAUCAGCAGCCACUACGAUUAAUACUGCAGUAAAUAUCAGUCUUCAACAACAGACACCAAAUUCCCAAGGUAGCAUACCUUCGACUUCGCCAUCUCCACGUACGGGAAGUGCUGAUGGUUCUGUGAGGCCAGCGUCUGCCGGAUCAAACAAUUCCAACACAGUUGCUGGGUCUCCUGCGGCAUCACCAGCUCCUAGUUUACCAAGUACUCCGGCAACUAACGAUAAAGCAAGUAGUCCAGCACCAGCUAGGCCACCCAGUCGAACAAAUUAUCCUGUACAUAAGCUGAAAAAAGCCUGGCUGCAAAGGCACACAGGUGAACCAGAAGUGACUUCGACUGAUGUAAUUGGUAGUGGAAGCUGCGUGACGCUUCCGUUGAAUAUUUCAAAUAGUAAUAACGCCCAGUCAAAUGGAAACAGUACAGGGAGAGAUUCAACCUCACCUCCAACUACCAGUUUGACUAAUACAACAACUAGUUCAGUAACGACUACAGUAACAACAACAACCGUGCCGAGUGCUGUUAACUCGAUUCAUAAUGUUGGUACCAUGGCUGUCAAUAGCAUUACCAAAUCAAAAGUUCCCAUUAAAUCGCGGAAGACUUCGACUCCUGUUAAGGAGUCAUCAGUAAAUGGACAUUCUCAGUCUGUGGCAAGUGCUACCGCAAAUUCUGAGAGUCAACAAGAGGAUUCGAGUAACAGUGAACCCGAACGGAAAGCGCCGCCAAAACGAAAACCAUCCAAGGUAAAACGAAAAAAAGGAUCAUCUUCUUGGAAACAACAGACAACCAUGCAGGAACAACGCAGACGUAAGAAGCCAACACACGGAAAAGCUGGGGCCACAUCAAGCAGUAAUCAGGCAGCUUCAGAUUCGAGCAACUACAGUGAUGGAGGUUCAGUCAGCGAUAGCAGUGAACAAAAGCUUACUGCCAGAACAAAUAAUGAUAAUGGCAAAACAUCUGGAAAUGGUAGUAAAAAAGUCCCUAAAAAACGAGGGAGAAAACCUAGGUCCAUUAAAGAACACGAAAUCGAAAAAGAGGAAGAAGAAACGGAAGAAGAGUAUCAACAAUCUCCGAAAAAAAAACGAUUAGAAGUGAACAAUAAAUCUAGCAAUGGUGGUGGUGUGAUUAACAAAAACUCAAAAAAAAAUCAAAUGAUUAGAAUAAGUACCUUGGAGGAUAAACCGGCAGAUGAAACAUUACAGAGAAGUGGACAAAGUUGGGUGCAAGAACAAACAUGUCAAAACUAUUCAUCGAAUAGGCUACCAAGAUGUCGCGAAUGUCGUCUUCUUGGGAAUCAACCUCCAAAAGUAAAAGUUUUAUGCAAAGUCAGUAUGUGCAGUGUAUUUUGCAGAUUUUACGCUUUUAGAAGAUUAAUUUACGGAAGGGGGGGUGCUCUCACAGCAGCAGGAUUCAAUGACCCUUUCAUUGAUGCUGGUGAAAAUGAUACGAUAUUUUGGCUACCUGGAAAGCUCAGUCAUAUGAUUAAGAGGGGCACAUUUACAGAAGAAACUCAAGCAAAUUCUAACGCCGAAUUGGAUAUAGCAGAUAAUGGGAAAUUCAAUGUUGAAUUAGCCUAUCAAAUCAUCAGGCAAGUUGGUGACCAGUUUUGCGACAUGGUCAUUCAAGAAAAAAAUGUAGUGGAAGAACAUUUAGCGCACAAAACCGGAGUAAAUGGAGAACCACCUAUUAUAUGGAAACGAGUUGUCAAAGGAGUACGCGAAAUGUGUGACUCUUGCGACACAACACUUUUCAAUUACCAUUGGACUUGCGGUAAAUGUGGCUUCACCGUCUGUAUUGAUUGCUAUGAGGCUCGCAAAAGCAAAGGCGCUGUAUGUUCUGAGACUGCAGUCAAAGGACGUGAUAAGUUCUCAUGGUUAUUGUGUGCAACACGCCAGACUCAUGUACCAGAGCAAUUGUUGCUUACGCAAGUUAUUCCAUCCGAUUGCCUGGUUCAAAUUGAUAAACAACUUCAUGACUGCCGCAGUGAAUGGGGUAUUCCUCAAAGUUGCAAUUGUGGAUAUAAGUCCACCAAACCAGUUAAUGAAAAACUCAAGAGCCUCAUUACAGGUGACCUUGUUAGUUCGAUGAAUGGAAAUUCUCAGCAAAAUGUCAAGACUCCGAUGGAAAUUCCUGGGCACACUAAUGGAGAAGAUAAAAAUUCUCUCAACUGGCUAGCUGAUGUUGCUUUGCAAAAUCAAGAAAAGGAAGAUACUGACUCAGAUUCUGAUUCCAAUGACGAUGAGAGUCACUCAACUCUUCGAGAAUUGCUGAUUCGUUCCCACCAAAAUUUAUAUUCUGAUCCCAAUUCGCCCGAUGGUAAUGAUGCUCAAGCCAAAAAUACACGUGUUAAACGUCGUAAAAUAUCACACGAAGAAAUGAUGAAUGAGAUGUUUGACACUGUCAUUGCAGCUAAACUAAAGAGAGACAAGGAAGCUGGACUUGCAGUAGAAAACCCUUGCGUACUGAAACACUUUGUUCGUCGAUAUAAAUGCCCUGAACGAGGUCGUGAACCAUUACCCGUUCGUCUUAUGACUUUGACAGAAAGUACUUUACUCUAUCCUGAAGUACCACAUACAUGGCUUUGCAAUGGAAAACUUUUGCGACUUUUGGAACCUAACAACACCAAUAAUUAUAGAAUUUUCCAAGAUCAAUGGAAAAGAGGACAACCUGUGAUAGUAUCCGAUGUUCACAAACAACUGGAUCAAGAUCUUUGGAGUCCAGUAAGUUUUUGUCGAGACUUCGGCGAAGAAAAGAGUGAUCUUAUUAACUGUAUGUCUGGAAGGAAUGUGCCAAAGCAAUUUUUAUGGAAAUUUUGGGAAGGUUUUGAACAUCUAAGCAAGAGACUGAAAGACAGCCAAGGAAACCCAAUGCUUUUGAAAUUGAAAGAUUGGCCUUCUAAGGGAGAUUUCGCUGACAUAUUGCCCAGUCGAUUUAUCGAUCUUAUGAAAGGCAUACCACUUUCUGAGUAUACACAUCGAUAUGGUAGAUUGAACCUUACCAGCAUGUUACCUGAAACUUUUACUCGGCCAGACUUAGGCCCUAAAAUGUAUACUGCUUACGGAUCGGCCAAGUAUGCUGAUAAAUCAACAACAAACCUCCAUCUUGAUAUAUCAGAUGCUGUCAAUGUCAUGGUUUAUGUUGGAGUCACCCAGGACUGUGAUAAAGACGAACAAAUUGCCGAAGUUUUAAAUGCAAUAGAUGAAGCUGGCUGUGACUUUCUUACGAGAGAGCGCGUUCGUGAGAAAAACGAAAUUCCCGGUGCAUUAUGGCACAUCUACUCAUCAAGAGAUGCAGAUAAAAUUCGUGACAUGCUUAAUCGAGUAGCUUUAGAGAAUGGAGUUAAAUUGUCCCCUGAUCAUGAUCCAAUUCACGAUCAAAGUUUUUAUCUUGAUGGUCCACUUCGAGAAAGACUUUAUCGUGAUUAUAACGUUGAAGGAUAUGCGAUUGUCCAAUGCCUUGGAGAUGCUGUAUUUAUACCAGCUGGGGCACCUCAUCAAGUGAGAAAUCUCCACAAUUGUAUCAAAGUAGCAGAAGAUUUUGUUUCGCCUGAAAAUAUUCUUCACUGCUUUAGAUUGACACAAGAAUUCCGUGCGCUCAGUGACAAACAUUCGAACCAUGAAGAUAAAUUACAGAUAAAAAAUAUAAUUUACCACGCUAUCAAAGAAUCACUAACAGUACUCGAAAUGUCUAAGAAACAAAAUUUAGAAGAGUUAAAAAUCGAACCGACUUUUGGAAAUGACGAUCUUACCAGCGACGAGGUAAAAGUCAAAACAGAAGAGACGAAAAGCACUCAGUAAUUCGUCACCACCAGUUACACGAAUGCAUUGUUCGGAGUGACAACCAACGAAAAUUUAAGUUGGAAAAUUAUAUGUGAUAAAUAUAUUUAAACUGUGCGAUUGCAGUGAAAUAAGUUUACCGAUUCAGAAUUCGAUAAUCACGCGAUUUGUAAAAUAUAAUAAUAUAUAUAAUACGAUUAUAAAUAUAUAAAUACAUUUAUAAAUAUGUAAGCGAAAAAUAUUGUGCCUGUAUUCAGUACACACAAAUGAACUGUAACGAUUCUAUUGUCUAUAUGAAAUUUUAACGCGACGAAAUAAAGUAGCAGAAUGACGUUUUCGUUUUUAGAAUUUUUGCUAUGAUGCGCGCUGGCUUAGAUAGAUUGUAUAUUAGAAAAAAGUACCACAAGAUAGGAAACUUGGUUUUUAUAUGAUGUUCACGGGAGAGAGAUCUGAUUGAUUGGUGGUAAUCAUCUUGUAUAUUUCAUUUUUAAGGCAAAGAACCGUGCAAUUGAUAAGAAUGAACUGUGUUUUAAAAAUGAAUUUAAUUUGCGAGUGUAUGUUUGUUUCGUGUCUGAAUGGUUGCUAUAGCAAAUUGGUGUUCAAUUUUUAUAUUUCUUCGAAUUUGUAUCAAAUUUAACGAUACAAUGUAUUUUCUGAAAAAAUGAUCGAUUAUUUCCAUAAAAAAACACUGCCUCAUAUUUGAAGUCAAAUUUCUCUCCCAUUUCUUGAUUUUUAGUGUUUUAUACACCCUAUGGAGUAGAAAUUUUUUAUUGAAAGUUCAAUUUCAUUGAAAUCGGAAUUUUAUCAUCUUAUCUAAAUAAUUGAUUUAUUUAACCUAGUGUUCAUAUCUGUUUAAAUGUAAUGAAACUAUUGUUUCAUACAUUACCAUCAUUAUAUUAAUCAUAUAAAAUUGAAAAUGUAUAUUUUAACCCUCUGCAGGGUUUUCAAAAAAAAAUUGGAUCUAGCAAUUUCUCUGAUCUCACUAUACACGUUCGUCUUGCAUAAAUAUUUAUAUAAAAAAAAAAA